CCCUCGCUCACUCCCCACUGGCAGGACGGAGCAGGCAGUCGAGCGCAGGCAGGGAGCACCAGCCAGCCAGCCUUCCCCCCUCUGGCACGGAGACUGACUUGCACACAGCGGGUACGGAUACCGACCCGGCGCCGCCGCCAUGACCCACUUCAACAAGGGGCCCUCUUAUGGGCUCUCCGCCGAGGUCAAGAACAAGAUUGCUCUAAAAUAUGACCCACAGAUAGAAGAAGAUCUUCGCAACUGGAUUGAAGAAGUUACUGGAAUGAGCAUUGGGGCAAACUUCCAGCUGGGCUUAAAGGAUGGUAUCAUUCUAUGCGAGCUUAUCAACAAACUGCACCCAGGAUCAGUAAAGAAAAUUAAUCAGUCCAAAUUAAACUGGCACCAGCUGGAGAACAUUGGAAAUUUUAUCAAGGCCAUACAACAAUAUGGUAUGAAACCACAUGAUAUUUUUGAAGCAAAUGAUCUCUUUGAGAAUGGAAAUAUGACCCAGGUUCAAACAUCACUGGUUGCGCUAGCAGGUCUGGCAAAAACUAAAGGCUUUCAUACUACAAUUGAUAUUGGAGUAAAAUAUGCAGAAAAACAAGCAAGGAGUUUUGAUGCUGGGAAACUUAAGGCAGGGCAGAGUGUGAUUGGUUUACAGAUGGGAACCAACAAAUGUGCUAGCCAGGCAGGUAUGACUGCCUAUGGAACUAGAAGACACCUCUAUGAUCCGAAGAUGCAAACCGAUAAACCAUUUGAUCAGACAACAAUUAGCUUGCAGAUGGGUACUAACAAAGGAGCCAGUCAGGCAGGGAUGCUUGCACCAGGGACCAGGCGAGACAUUUAUGACCAGAAGCUCACAUUACAACCCAUGGACAACACUACAAUUUCACUACAAAUGGGCACCAAUAAAGUGGCUUCACAGAAGGGGAUGAGUGUGUAUGGGCUUGGACGACAAGUGUAUGACCCUAAGUAUUGUGCUGCACCAACAGAGCCCGUUAUUCAUAAUGGAAGCCAAGGAACAGGAACUAAUGGGUCUGAAAUCAGUGAUAGUGAUUAUCAGGCCGAGUAUCCGGAUGAAUAUCACGGCGAGUACCAAGAUGACUAUCAGCGAGAUUACCACGGUCAAUACAGUGACCAGGGCAUUGAUUAUUAGAUUUGCCUCAAGAAAAAAAGCUCAGUAUUAGUUUAUUAUUUUAUUCAGUAAAAACGAAACUAGCCUUGUGGAAUUGUUACCCAUCUUCUGUACACAUUAUGCUCAUGUACCUAAGGUAAUAUUGCCUUACAUAACAUUCCUUUUUCCUUUCUCUGCCCUUUCUUUCUCUAGUUGCCUUUAGUGCUGUAACAGUUGCAGUCUACAGCAUAACCAAUAACUGCAUAUGAAGUAAAAAGGAAUACUGUGAAAGGGGAGUUCUCUUAUACAGCCAAGUCUUUUAAUAAUAAAAACUAUGCAUUUUUUUACAAUCUUGUUCCGAAACAGGCAUUUUGCAUACCAUAUCAAGCCUUGAUUUUUUAAAACUGUUUUUAUUUACAGUUCUAUUUUAUGGAAGACUGUAAAAGACUUUUAUGCAUAAUACUGAUUGUGGUCUUUGUCACAAAAACUGUGGUUGUGGCUUAUUACUGAAAAGUUUUGUUUUUAAUUUUGUCCAUGCUUGCUUGCUAAUCUUUGAGGUCACGUUAGAUACAAUAAAUGUGCAUUUGUGAUUGUGUGUGUUCCAUUCCCACCUUUAAAUUGACCAAACUUAUAGAAAGAGCUGUCUUUCUUAAAAGGGAGCUUGUACAAAGUUCUGAGCCCACAGAAGUCCCCCAUGUUUUGAUGGUGCAUUUUUUUAUUUUCUGUGCCAUAAUGUAUCCAUGUAGAAUUGCCUUUCCUUUGAAUUGUAUUUAUUGCCACAUUUCUCAUCAUAAACUGAUCCUGUUGUAUUUUUUAUAAAUAAAUGUUGUUUUCUUGAA